UUAUCCACAAUAUCAUUGGCUGCUCCAGAAUGAGUUUGACAGGGAAAUUGGAAGACAACGACUUCCGACAUUUGAAAACAGAAGUAAUUGCUCAUUUUUCAAAGCAUUUGAGCUGGAAGUGCCUAGAUACAUUACAGUUGUCCCACUUAUGUUGCCUCAUAAAUGCAAAGAAGACGUCGACUUUGAAGGAUAUGAUAUUGCAAUGAACAGUACAGUAAUUGGGAAUAGUUGGUAUAUCCACCACAACAAGAAGAUUUGGGGAGAUCCAUGGAAAUUUCGCCCAGAGAGAUUCUUGGACGAAGAUGGAAAUGUGCUGCCUUCUGAACACAUAUUGCGAAAGAACUUGAUACCUUUUGGAAAUGGGUUGCGUCAAUGUCCAGGAGAAUCCUUCGCUAAAACACGUUAUUUUCUUUAUGUCAGUAACCUUUUGCAGCGCUGGUGUUUUGAGUUUCCUGAAGGAAAGCACAUCUCGUGUGAUCCGAGACUUUCCGAGAACUUUGAUAUCAGUGUCGUAAUAAGACCAAAACCCUUUUACUGUCACGCUAAAAAACGGAUAUAAAUAUAAUUAUGUGCUUUCAUGUUAUUUGUGCCGACGAUU